AACCCAAUACAGCUUUCCUUAGAAAGAGCUGUGAUUGAAAUACUACUGAAUAGGUCUUCUGUCUUCAAUAAUCAUAUACAGCCUAUGCAGGUGUGGAUAUAUUUUGAGCAAUCAUUGGCAUAAUUAGUCAAUUUUUGACGCGCGCUGUUAUCGUGCUGUGCUCGAGGUCUGCACCUGUUCACUAGGAUACUGGAGCCCGCGGUGAGUGUUCCAUCUGCGUAGGGAAACAUCACUUUGUUUUGACAUUUUAAACCCUUUUACUUGCAUUAACUACAUAGCGCGUUAUUUCUACCGAGUAUUUACAGUGAAGGCUGGUUUAGCAGUUAUUAGGAGUUAUGCCAUCUAGACCCGCGAACGGCUUUGUUCAGACCAGUGAUAUUCGGUGAAGAAGGCAAGAAGCCAUAGCCGAGUCAUAGUGUGCAGUUCAACUGCAAUGCUCGGCCAGUCACCUCACGUUCUUGGAGGCAUCUUGUGGAUUCAGAAUCCAAUGAGAGCUGUCCACUGCAACCUGAGCCAGAAUGGGAUCGACCACCAGAUGAUGUGCCCGGACGACGUGACCUCACACCUGGAGGAGCCCCUUGACCAAGGUGCCAUGCUGGACGACGACAGCCCCACCUGUCAGGACGUGAGCCCCGGGUACCAGCACCGCUCGCCGCCCCAGCGCUCCGUCUCUGAGUCAGAACUCUCACGGCCGGGGAACGUAAAGCUGUCCAAGCCGGUGGCCCUGUGGACCCAGCAAGACGUAUGCAAAUGGCUGAAGAAGCACUGCCCCAAGCAGCACCAGAUCUACAGCGACUCCUUCAAGCAGCAUGACAUCACAGGGCGGGCUCUGAUGAGAUUGACAGACAGGAAGCUGGAGCGAAUGGGCAUCAUGCAGGAGGGCCAACGGCAGUACAUCCUCCAGCAGGUCCUGCAGCUCCGCGUCCGAGAGGAGGUCCGCACCCUGCAGCUACUCACGCAAGCCUCUCUGGAGUGUUCUCCGUAGCCCGGGCGUUCCAGGACACCAGCCGCCAACAGGACCCUGUCUCCCUCCGACCCUUGGCCUCCUACACCUGACCCCUGACCUCCUCCCAACACCAAUCAGAGCCGUCCUGACCCCAACCUCAAACCUAACUCCAAUCUAAAUCCUAACCUUGAUUUUUAACCCCAUGCUUAAUCCCAAAAUCGCAAACCUUCAAACAAGUCAAGUCAUUGGCCUGUCCAGUGACUUAUCACAGACAUUAUAUCACUUUCUUGCCUUUAACCAACUGUUUCCACUAGAUUUGUCCCUAUCUCAUCCCAACUCUCAUACCCUUUCUGAAGUACCACAACCCAACAACUGCUGUCCCAGGACUCCAUUCUGAGAACUAGCAUCAAAAGCUGGACAAUUUAUCCAUCCUCAUCUGACGAUCCCACUACAAGGACUGUGGAGAACAAACACGUCAAAGAUGGCGUCCACUUCCAAAAACCUUCUCACUGUAUCGUAAAUCCUUCAGCGUAGCACUAAUGUCCGUCCUAUGUGAAUAGUAACCCCACGAUACAUCACUGAGCAGGUGUGUAACAUUCUAUUGACUUCUAAUGGUGACUUUACAGACAUUAGGUACACCAGCCUUUCACUCUUACCCGCCCUCUUCUUUCUCUCUCUGUCCUCAUUGACUAUAUCGCCACAGCAGCGAGAGGGUGCUACAUUUUGCACUUCUGCGCAUUCCCUCCCUCUCUCUGUCCCUCUUUUUCUGACUGUUGUCUGCAUUGAUUCUGUGCCCUGUCAGAGUUUGGGCUUGCCUGGUGAAAAUUACAUCUGUUGUCCUAUCUGUCUGUCCUCGCACCUCUCCCUCGUUCACUUUGUGGGUUGCUUUCUCAGCGCAGUCAGCAGGCCUUCACUGUGAAUACGUCCAGGUGUGGCAUGAAGUGGGAGAACCUGGCAACCCAAAAGGUACUAAAUGUGAUAGUGAAAAGACCUGGCAACCCAUGAAGGAUUAAGUGUGAUAGUGAAAUGACUGGCAACGUAAAUGGAACACGGUAUGGUAGAGAGAGGACCUGGCUACCCAAAAGGGCUUUUGAACCAGGGAAAAUGAAAUGACUUAUAACCUACAUGAGACAAUUGGUUGGUUGAGAAAUGGUUGAGAGAGAACAAGGCAAGUGCUUCUCUACUGAUGAAGAAGAAGAAUAUCACACGGAAGACCCCCCCCACACAC